CCCUGCACACCAGCGAGCUUCGAUCCAGAGCGUUCACCGCUCCAAAUUUGGGGUUGGAUAGAGGGAUUGACUUGGGAGAAUAGAUUGACAGGAAGCUUGACCGCGGUGUGAACUUCAGCUGGCAGUGACUGUGGUGAGAUGAGUAUGAGGAGAAACGGACUCUGUCUCUUCUUCUGCCGGUGUUCUGAGCGGAGCUGCUGUUGCUAAUAAUUAUGUGUGAGGAAAAGGCGGAAGUUGCCGAGACAACACAGCGAUAAAGGUUCGUCCUGGUGUGGAUACUUCCAUUUAUUGUGUCGCGCAGCGUGGGAAGAACUGCUCCGUGGAGUUUGACUCUGUGAAAGGCUCUGCAGCAAACCGCUCACACACGUCAAUAGAGAGGAAGGAGCCAUGAGCAGGGAGCUGAACGUGCCAAUGGGCUCCCCAGAUCCAGGAGUCUCAGAGCCGGGUCAGGACCGAGGGGGGAUGGACUAUCGGGACUGGGUGCGGCGCAGUUACCUGGAGCUGGUCAGCUCUAACCAUCACUCGGUUCAAGCGCUGUCCUGGAGGAAACUGUACCUGAGCAGAGCCAAGCUGAAGGCGUCCAGCAGGACAUCUGCACUGCUCUCUGGCUUCGCCAUGGUGGCCAUGGUGGAGGUGGAGCUAGAAAUGCAGUACACUUACCCCCACGUGCUGCUCAUCGCCUUCAGCGUGUGCACCACCGUGCUGGUGGCCGUGCACCUCUUCGCUCUGCUGAUCAGCACCUGCAUCCUGCCCAACGUGGAGGCCGUCAGCAACAUCCACAACCUCAACUCCGUCAGUGAGUCGCCACACGAGCGAAUGCACCACUACAUCGAGCUGGCCUGGGGCUUCUCCACCGCCCUGGGCAUCCUGUUGUUCCUCACCGAGGUGGUUCUCCUCUGCUGGAUCAAGUUCCUACCCGUAAACUCUGGCGGGGUCAGUAAGGUCUCCACCACGUCGACCACGCCUGUGGCCCAGAACAACGGCUGGCAGGCGGCGCUGGCCUCCACCAUCAUCAUGGUCCCGGUGGGGGUGAUUUUCAUUGUGUUCACCAUACACUUCUAUCGCUCUCUGGUGCGCCACAAGACCGAGAGACACCACCAGGAGAUCGAAGAACUGCACAAGAUUAAGAUCCAGCUGGACGGCCACGAGAGUGGCCUCCUGACUGUGUGACAACGACGACUUCCACUUGUUUCUCAUAUUUAUGAAGCCUCACUCCUCUGACGUUUGUUCAGGUCACCAGUGUCGCUUCACCCGGACUCAGGCUCCUCUGGGCUGUUACACGUCAGACUCUUAACUUAUUCUUAAGGUCAAUUUGUGUUGUAAGAUUUGUUUCCGUGAGCUUUGUCUGUUUUUUGAUCUGUAAUCUCUGUCAGUCAACAGUUAAUGUUUAAAAAAAAAAACAGUUUACAGUCAAAGGGCUAUUAGGUUCAAUGUGCCAUUUUUGUUUGGUUCGACGUGGUCGGAGUUUGAUGCAGGUAACGGUUCAAGUCGGAGUCUUUUCUCUGUUCUCAAUGAGUCUCAGAUUGAAUCACUUGUGUUUGAAAACGGAAGACAGGUUUGGCGACACUUUACAGCAACAGUAUGGUAAUAGUAUGGUAAUUAUUUUGUAAAUGAGAUGUAAUACCAGGUCAGCUUUAGGGCGCGUACAGGUGUAUCGUAUCAACUGUUUCUCCACACAGAAUCAACGUUCUUGGAGAAACGGGUCCCAGAGUGAUAAAAUCUAAAAACAUGAAACCAAAAUGCAACUUCAGGAAAACCGAUGUCAUAGCAUCACCUCUCAAACCUUUAUCCUUUAUGCGAGACAUCAUUCUUCCUGUGUUUGGAGUUUGCACGCAGAGUUCAAGCGUUACGCACCUGCUCCCCAUCGUCUUAUUAGUUUUUAUGUGUUACGGCACCACAUACAGGGCUGGCAUAUAUAUACUACAGCUUUUUGUGUGUAUCCAGUUAUUUCUUGAAACAGUGCCGUGUUUAUGGAACAAAAAGACAAAUAUUGUGUAGUGUAAAGUUCUGUUUCUGUGUAGAUUAGGUCUAUCUGCAUAUGUUAAUGCUGCAGUCGUGCUACUGACACGGAGCAGAGUAGAUCGACAAACGCAGAAAAAACCACAUCAUAUUUUAAAGUUUGUGUGGCAUAUUUGUCCGUUCACAUGAUGAUAUUUAAGUAUUUAAGACUUAAAAAUUUACGAGAGUGCGAUAACUCGCAAAUAAAUAUUAUAAUGAAUUGAAGGCAGUCGGUAGGCACCAUUUUUAUCUACAUCUUUUAUCUAUAAACUCGUAAUAACAUAAGCGACGAUGCAUUUCACCUUUAUAAUAUUGUAAUUGCCAGUUUGUACACUGAUAGUAGCCCAUAGGAAUUCUUAUUACCAGACUAUUGCCUGGACGUCAGACUGGAAAUAUUGUGUAUUACUGUAAUAAUCUAUCCAUAUUACAACACUAUUAGAUUAUAAUUACACUUACCAACACAAAACUACCGUCAAUAUUUCCGAUAUGCCAUGAAAUAUUGCAAUUUUUCCGGUAAUGUUUAUUUUCUUACACCCCUUUACAAAUAGUAUAGUAUUGCCAACUGAUGAUAAAGUUUUAACCAUACUUUGACCAUGUUGUUACUGUACUGUUAAUGUAUAGAAUUCAAAUGGCCACCAGUAGAGUAAACUAAUAAACAUUAAUGCCAUGAGGAAAUUGCCAAAUUUAAUGUGGAUCAUUUAAAAAUAUAUAUGUAUAUAUAUAUAUUAUUUUCUGCUUUUGAUGCUGGUGUUUAUGGUUUGGCCAAAGAUGACGUUUGCACCGUUAAGCUAAAAACGUGAAAAUGUGAUUUUAAACAUGUUUAAAAGUUUUACUCGAUUAUUCUGUACGUCUUGAGUAAGGCUUGAGUGAGAUAAAAUAAACAGUCUUAAACAGACAUGCAGUAAAAUGCUGCCGAGCCUUAACGCUACUCACUCGUGAAUCACAACACAAACGUCAAAAGUGUUUGACUGUGUUGUGGUUGAUUUAGUGUGUUUUUCGCUCAUGUCUGUGCACAUACAAGGAGAAACGACGACCGCCAUAGUUUAUAAACUGUUAAAAGUCUUAAAUGUUCUUGUAAAAUAGCAAAGAGGUUUCUCUGUCUGUGUUUUUUUUCUUCCUUCCUGCAGCUUUUUAUCUUUUUUUUUUUUUUUACAGAGACCACAGAUCCUGUUGAAAAGGCGUCAAACCGGUCACACUGAUGCUGCUUAAAUAUGAAUGUGCUCCUGUCCAAAUAUCCUUCUGCCUUACAGAAUCAUUGCCUUUUCAUGUGUUGCUAAAUGUUUUAACACAAGCGUAUCUUUUUUCUUUUUUUUCCCACUUUGUUUCUUUAUUGGAAAUAUAAGGUCAGGUCCUGGUUCGCAGGGAGAAAAGGUCAAAGUGGAAAAAUGAACAGCACGUUCAAAUUGUGUUUUGUAAAGGGUUUUGUUUUUUAAAAAAAGAGGGAAAACCUGUUAUGACAUUCCAAAUAAGAUGCCUGACCAAAGUGUCACACAGAUGUUUUUUUGUUUCUCCGAAGAGGAAAAAGUGCACUUGUAGUUUAGUCCAAACAGAAAGUUACUUGUCAGAAAAACUGUUGCUAUGUCUCUCAUGUUUGUGGAUUUGUGCUUUUUGUGAUUGAAAACGGCAGAGAAUCAACCUGCAAAAGAUUUUUAAAAAAUUAAUAAACUAAUAUAUAAUAACUGGA